AUGCAAGUCAGCAGCACUAUGGCUGACCAAAUGUGUGUGAAUUGGUGGCAUGGGUCAGGGCUCUUCCCUGACAUUGCCAGGUUCAACCGGCCCUUGAACGUGACGAUGCCCUGCGUGGGCAUAGAUGGAUGUGGAGUGGCCAUGCAACACAUGGCAGUCAGAUUCAAGCCGACCAAUGUAUAUGACUUGGAGCACCGCUAUGAGGGCUACUUGCAGCACCACUUUGGCGAUGUCCCUUUGCAUUUGGGAAAGGACAACGGAGAUAUCAACAAGCUGAAGAUGGAAAAUGGGAAACACCAUGGUCAAAGUGACAUUCGAGCUGAAGUAUUCUUGACGGUUGUACGCUUGAUGAUUUCUUUGAUCAAAUCUGGAGAUCUCUUCGCCGCAGUCAUCGAGAAUGUGAAGGGCAUUUGCCAGAAGAUUAAAGGACUGGAGGUAUCUUUCAUGGAUCAGCUGCUGGAGGCUCUCAACAAAGAAGCCGAUGAAUUCAGUUGGGACACUGUGAUUUUGCACGCCAAAGACUACAUGUUGGCUCAGACACGCACUCGUGUAUUCCUGCGGGGAGUCCGCAAAACAACGUUUCCUCGUGGAGUCCCACCGCCGCUCCCUGGUUUUGGCGAGAAAGGUUUGCGAGAGUUUCUGUGCCCUGGUCUUCCAGCUGUGGACAGGUCUUCUUUGACCAAGGUCAUGAGGCAGAACCUGAUGGACGCUGAAAAAAAGCUCCAGCAAGCCGUCGCUGACGGUGAAUACGGCAAAUCUGAUUUGAUCGUCUUCCCGCUGGACAGGGCCGAUGGAAAAGCCUACAAGCGCAGCUACAGUGUCAACAUGGCGCCAACUCUGACCACGAACAACACCUAUUUGUUUGUGACGAGCCUGGAUUUUAAGAAGCGUGACGGCCAGAGGGAGUUUUUCAGGUUUCUCCAACCUGGUGAAAGGAUGAACCUUCAAGGAUUCGCAGGAUCCACCUUGGUUGAAAGCUCCGAGGCACUGAGGGUAAAGGCCAGUGGAAACGCCUACCCUGUGCCCUUGAUGAUUGCAGUUCUGCACCCGAUCCUCCAGGAACUGCAGCCUCACAUCACAGGCCAGCUCAAGGUGAAAGGCAGUCUCUUGGAUGAGUCAGCCACCAAAGCUUGCGCGAACUUUGACAAGUUCAUGGCCACUUGUUCCGCAGCAGCUGCCAAAGCCGCCAAGGGAAGAGCAAAACAGCAGAAGAAAAAGGGUGGCGCUAAGGCUUUUCGACCGAAAGCCAAACCGCUGGCCAAGCGCAAAGCCAAAGCGAAGGCGCAAGCAAAGCAGAAGGGAGCGAGGGGAGGUAAGGUGAAAAAGACCAUCAAGAAGGUGCAACGAAAGUCCACCGGCUACUACAAGUACCGGUUUUUGUCGUCCUCUAGCUCCUGA